UUCACCAUCACAUCAAAGACAGAAAUAAGAAGAAAUGUUCUGCCUGAGGGAUUCCGUCGUUUCUAUCUAUUGUGUGGUCCUCCUCAUUGUCCAGUCAAGUCAUGGCGCUGAGAUUAUUGGUGGGAGGGAAGUGGAGCCCCACUCACUGCCUUUCAUGGCUCUGCUGUCGGACAAUAAAGCACCAGCCUGUGGAGGGAUACUGAUCGAUCCAAAAUGGGUACUGACUGCUGCUCACUGUGCUGGCAUAAAGAAGGUGGUACUGGGGGUGCACUCCAUCAGUAAAACGGAAAAAGAAACCAGACAGGUCAAAAAAGUGAAGACCUUUCCUCAUCCCUGCUAUGAUGCAACUGAUAACGUCAACGACCUCAUGUUGCUCAAGCUUGACAAACCGGUGAAACAAACCAAGGCGGUGAAAUGGCUCAAAUUGGGAAACACCGUCAAAGAACCAGCAGCUAGCACCAACUGUCUGGUGGCUGGAUGGGGGACAACAAAAAACAAUGCAAAGAAAAUGUCAGAUGUCCUGAUGUCUGUCAAUGUGACUGUGGUCGACAGAAUGAAGUGCAACUCCCCUGAAUAUUACGGCCUGAAGCCUGUUAUUACCAGCAGCAUGAUAUGCGCUGGUUCCAACGAUAAUAACAGUGCAGACACCUGUCAGGGGGAUUCAGGAGGGCCGCUGUUGUGCAAUGGAGCGCUGGUCGGAGUCACUUCAUUUGGAAAGAAAUGUGGUUUGAGUAAAAAGCCUGGUGUGUACUCUUUUCUCUCAGAAAAACAACUCCUCUGGAUUAAAAAGACUAUGAAGAAGUGAAAUAUAAUGAGCUCUCCCUGUUAAUUACUAUGAAUCCCUAACCUUUUUUUAACCACAUCUAUCUAAGUACUUUUUUUAUGCUUCACAUUUAUUUCAUCCUAAUUAAAUAUACUGUAUUGUUUGGAGGGCGAAAGUAUACGAAAUGGAUUUCAUGUUGACCUGCUCUAAUUUACGCUGCAGUCAUUUGUUGGGGCUAUCUAUCUUAUUAACUACAGUAUCAACCGAGCAUUAAGUAUUAAGCCAAGGAGCAAAACUAGCAACUCAGUUUUUGUGCUUUUAUUCCAUCUGCAAAUAUGUGAAUGUAUUUUUGAAAUCAAAUCAUAUUUUCUGUUUUUACUUACCUGCUGAGUAAGUACUCCCAUGGCUACGAGUACUCCUGGUUGUUUCGUCUACUGCAGUAAACGGGAUCUUUUUUUAAGCUGGUGUACAGCUUAAAAAAAGUUCCCAUCAGCUAUCACUUUUCAGAUAAAAGCAAAACACCAAAGAGACAUUAUUCACCCCGCCAACCAUACAGAUUUACCACAUCCAGAAUCAACUGUUCAAAUUGACAUUGAGGGCCCAAACCAAUGACAUUUUCUACUGCCUUGAAGGCAUAAAUAUUUCUUUCUUUCUGUUUGUACUAUGUCUCUCCCAGUGCAUUCUCAUAACAGUAGCUCCUCACAGAUUUGUGUUCCCGAUCUCUGGUUUCAGGUUGUGUGAGAUCAGUGUUCAAAUUAAAAAGCUUUGAU